CUCCCAUAAAACAUUCAAUUCCUCAACUUUUAGUUUACUUUCAUCAACACCACCAAAACUUUUGUUAAAAUGGCAGACAUUUUUGAUGAAUACGGCAACCCGAUCCAACUCACCGACGAGCACGGCCGCCAAGUUCAACUCACCGACGAACACGGUGUCCCCGUUCACCUUACCAGCGUCGCCACAACAGUAGACCCGGUUCAGCAUGCAGGAACAACCGCUGGUCCCGAAACGCACGGUGGAACCCACUUCGCUCCUACUGUUACUGAGCCUAUGGUUGGGGAUGGGGUUGGGGUUGAGACGGGUGGUCAACCACCGUGUCAUAUGAGAGUUGAUGAUGCUGAAGGCGGAACUCAGCAACAGCCGGGAAGUUCUAGCUCCAGCUCCCAGUCUGAAGACGACGGCGAAAGAGGGAGGAGGAAGAAGAAGAAGGGGCUGAUGCAGAAAAUCAAGGAGAAGCUUCCGGGGCAUAAAAACAAGGAGGAAAUAGUUCCAGAGAAGGUGUACACCGCGACUACGAAAGUAACUGUGACGACGCCAGCAGGGGCGCCGGAUGUACCCAAAACCGAAAGCAUUCGGGUGGAGCAUCACGAGGAAGAGCACGAGAAGAAGGGUUUUAUUAAUAAGAUCAUGGAUAAACUCCCCGGCCACCACUAGCUUAUGAUCAAGUUGUCGUCUGGAGGUUGUAUAUAGACUUGUAUGUAUCGUGUUGAUGGGUGGUGACUCGUAUCAAGUUUGGUUGUAACUUUUGUGAAUUUUAUUGUUUGAAAUAAAAGUUGCAUGUACAUAGUAA